ACUCCUAUUUUCACUAAGCUUUGUCAGGCCGAGGUCACUUCUCUGUCGUACCGAACUGAACAUUUAACGAUUUCGUUUCUACGAGAGCGUCAGUUUGUCAUCGAUCUUUCAUCAUGAAGGAACGCUGGAGUUGUAGCGAAGAGAAACUUGUCUCGGCAGAAGAAGGUUUAAAGCCUAAUAAAUCUGUGAUAAGAGGAAAAACCUACUGUUGCCAACGAUUUAUGCAAUAUGUAAAAUUGAUUUUCCUUAUUCUACUGAUAUUUUUCAUUGGAUGGAGCGGUUAUAUUCUUUGGAAAGCAUACGAUCAUGGAUCAAUUGAUUUAUACAUCUUCGAAUCGAGUUUUACUCGAUAUCGCGAAGGCGAAUCUUCGAAAAUUAUCGACAAAUUAUCGUCGUCGGCAUUGAAUAAAUCCGAGGAAACGUUGGAGACUACGACGAGACAAAAUAUUUCUUUGAAGGAGGAUGUAUCUCUGAGUGAAAUUUAUCCUAUCGAUAAUCAGCUGAUCACAACUAUGAAGACUCCCGAAUCGAGUAUAAAACAAGAUAUUUCACUAACGAAUUUCGAAAAUACUAAUGCGGAAGAGGCGACAGAGGAUUCAUUUAAAUCAUCGAGAAAUGAUAUCGAUGAACAAAUGAAAACGACAGUGUCGAGUUUGGAUAAGGAUAAGACUAAGGAGGACGAAAAAUCGGCAGAGGAGUCGGUGAUUGAAUGGAGCUUUCCACUUAUCUGGUCUAUUCAUAGAGAAACCGGUCCAUUUAUGGAUGACUACUUGGAAGAAAUCCGUAACGCUGAAUUAGAUGCAAUGUUAAAAGAAAUGAGUGAGAAGAACGAGAAAGACGAGGAAAGUAAUGAAUUUUCGAAAUUUCAAGAAAAAUUUUUCGAAAAGGAAGAUCUGUCUGAUGACCAAAACGAUGAAAAUAAUGGCAGCUACGAGAAAGACCUUCCAUCGUCCAUCGAAAUUUUUGAUAAUUUGAAAAAGCUCCACGAUUCUAUAGAUGCCAUGAUAAAGGACUUGCAUGUAAAGAAUCGUCAAAGUGACGAUGAUUUAUGGCAAUCUGAGGAAAGUUCGAUAAAGGAUGAGACAUCUAAUCAUUUGGUAUUAGGAUUAGAUAGACAGGAUAGCAUCGAGACACCACCUUCCAUCUUAGGAGAAGAUUCAGAAAUAACAAAAUCGAGUUUGUUUCACGAUAGCUUGAUUGAAGAAGAUCCGUAUGACUACCUCUUGGGAAAUCACGAUCACAGUUACCUCGAGUCGUCGACCCUUUCUUCUUUAGAACGCGUAGACUCUGAAAAGUCUGAUACGUCGAAGGUGGACGAUGCUAGAAGCGAUUUAAAGGCUGAGUCCUUCGAAAGUCUGGGUUGGGAUCCUUCGUGGGACCCUCGCCAAGGAAUCCAGUGGAGAAAACAGUACAGUAGUAUCGAAACAAGUCCGACGGAUGAAUCUACGGAAAGACAUAUAUUCGCGGACGUCUCUACUGCAGCUAUCGAAGAAAACGAUGAUGAUACGAUAAAAACUUUUCUACCUUGGAGAUUUUACGUCGACCCUGCGAUAUCUUCAUCAAUGGAAAAUGUAAACUCGGAGAAAGAGAUUGUCUAUAUCAACUCGAGAACUGGAGACCCUAAGGAAGGUGUCAUUUGUACUAUACAGAUAAUAAAUGGCUUAAGUUUAUUAAAGUGUUCAUCAAAUUCGUUCGAUACUGAAUCUUUCACGGAACAAUCCAACGAUCGUCCUUUUGGAUCUUCUUCAUAUUCUACUGCAAAUUCUAAGAGCGAUACAUCUACGGAACAGAACGAUGAAUCUUUUCCAAAUCAUUAUUCGUCUUUCGUUGAAGUCGAUACUACAGAAAAUUCUUUGGACGAUAUGACAUCUAACAAAAAUAUUGAUAUUGGAGAUAGCGUGAUUGAACCAACAGAAAUCUCGAUAGAUUCAAAGAAUUUGGAAUCCGAAAAGUCUGAUAUCAAUACAGGAUGGUGGAUGAAGUCCGAGUCAUCUACAAAUGCAUAUUUUCAGGAUAAUUCAUCCGAAGCUAUAAAAGAUCCUAUAUAUUGGUGGUUAGAUGUGAAUAAGUAUCGCACGAAGCAAAUGUCUGGUGAGGAAACGAUAGAAAGAAAGAGACGUGGCAUCGCGAAGAUAAUGUCGGGACAAAAAACUUUCUCGGACGAUGAAGACUUAUAUGGGAAACGGAUGAACGACGAAACACGCUUACACGAUUGGAUACGGAUGCAUAAAACUAGGAUUCUACAAAAAAUGAUACGAAAAUACUCACACAAAGGAUUGAACGAGAACUUGGCGAGAUUUUAUUCAGAAAUGGAGAUUCUUUCUUCUCAUAUCGAUAUGUUACACGAGCUCUAUCUUCGACGACGUAAUCUGGAUGACGAUUAUAUAUCGCAGGAAUUUCUUAAUGAUUCCUAUAAAAAUUAGAGAGAAGAUCUCGAGCAUUGUGUUAUAUGUAUAUUAUAUAUCAAUUAUUAUUUAUAUUGAAAUUCGCUGAGAGAGCAAAACAUAGAUACAUAAUAAUUAAAGGAUAUACUUCUUGUAAA